CAAACAACAAACAUAACUAAGCUCAGCAAACCUUUUGAAAUGGCCAAAUUUGCCAACCACCCUAGGCAAUUGUUAAUAUAUGUCAUAUGUAUAUAACAUAUAUCCAUAUAUAGCUCUGCACUGCAAAAGUCUGGCGUCGAAGAACAUACCAAAAGCAUGCUCUUGACGCCCGGAAGUAGACUGCGAAUGGAAGAUUGAUACCGAAGCAUGGCCUUAGACUUGUCUUCCUUUGAUGUUUCAACACGUCCAGGAUUCGGAUUGUUUUUUCGAAGAUCAGUCCAACUAGUCGAACUGUGGCGAAAAGAAAAUCUCAAACGAUCGAGGAACUUACAUGGUUCGAGCAGCCACGGCGAUAGCUCCUCUUGUCCGCGCUCCGCUUUGCCGCGCGCCCCCUCUCCCGAGCACAAAAACCCUUGCCCCCGUUCGCGCUUAACGAACCAUCCCAUCUUUCCACUCUUUGAUGUUCUGAUCCAUCGGUUUGAUUAAGGAGUAUUGGCUAUGUCUGUCACGGAUUUGCUGCUGCCUUUGUUCCUACUCGUCUUUCCCACAAGGUCCCGGUCACAGUGCCCCACGAAUCCAUCCCCAAUCGUGAACGACACACAGGUUCUUUUCUCUCUCCGUGACAGGCUUGGCAUCAAAGUGUGGAACGAGACCGCCAAUCCAAGAGCAUGGCGGGGUGUGGAGUGGAGCUCGGACAACCGAGUGGAGGGCCUCGCUCUGGCUAGGUUUAAUCUCUCGGGAGUUCUUCCUGCCAUCUGGGACGAGCUUCCAUCGCUGGCUCGCCUGGACCUCUCGCAAAACGGCAUCUCCUCGCUAGAAGUCACUGGUUGCAAGAACACGCAGCUCAACCUCCUCAACUUGAGCUCCAAUUCUCUGCGAGAGUUCCCGGGUAAUAUCUCCAGCCUCCAGAGUUUGGAAAGCCUGGACCUCAGUGCGAACUUCUUAUCAAUGGCCGGAGUUCCAAAGUUUAGCUCGACGCUGCGAUCGCUCAACCUGUCCAUCAACAACUUGACUGCGAGCGUUUCCAUCGGUGGUAACCUGGGACUGGAGGUACUGGACCUAUCGCACAACGGACUCAGCGGCUCCAUUCCAGAGACUUUCGGGGAGAUGACGAAUUUGACGCGCCUGGACAUAUCGUAUAACAGGUUUAGUGGAGAUCUACCCGAUAUCUGGAGCAAGAACUUGGAGCUCAGGUACUUGGAUAUUUCCAACAAUUCGCUCCAGGGUGGUUUGCCACCGAGCUUGCGAAGGCUACGCAAGCUCGCGGAUUUAAGCGCUGGAUACAACUCUCUCUCCGGGCCGCUGGAGCUGGAAGAUGGCGACUUUGCGAGCAUCGAGACUUUGCACCUCUGGCAAAACUUGUUUAACGGGACGAUUCCAGUGAAGGUGGGAAGCUUGAGGAACUUGAGGCUGCUGGUUCUCACGGGGAAUCGUUUCAGUGGCGCCAUACCUCCGGAGUUUGGGAACUGCUCGAACAUCAGACAGAUCUUGCUCGACAGCAAUGACUUGACUGGAACCAUCCCAGGCGAGCUCUCGAAGCUCUCGCAUCUCCAGCAGCUAGUUCUCAACUACAACGACAUCGGUGGGGAGCUCCCUUCCGGACUCUCCAACUGCACGGAGCUCGUCCAUCUCUCACUGAAGCGGAACAAGUUCUCUGGAAAUAUCCCUGACAGCUUUGGAAAUUUGAGCCGCCUGCGCUAUCUGUCGCUUUACAGCAAUGAUCUCGUCGGUUCCAUCCCGGCCUCCUACGGCAAGAUGAGCUCGCUGAUCUACCUCAGCGUUAGCUCGAACAACCUCUCUGGAGAAGUCCCCGCGAUGCUGCAAAACGUCUCGACUUUGCAGUUCCUCUUCCUCUCGAACAGCGGCUUCAGUGGCUCCGUCCCGGACUGGCUUCCCCGGCUCACGAACUUACGAGAGAUGGAUUUCUCGUAUAACAGGCUCUCGGGAGAGAUGCCGGCAAGCAUUGGCCGACUGUUUGCCAACGUCCAGCUUUACCACAAGAGCAAACUGCUUCUGCUGGACAUUAAAAUGCUAGGACUCGUCUACAGCAGCUUUGCCUGCCCGACAUCCAUAAACUUCUCCUCUAACCAGCUGACUGGAAGCAUUCCGACGGCCAUUGGCGACCUCUACAAUCUUCAACUGCUGGACCUGAGCCACAACCAGCUAACAGGUCCCAUUCCCGAGUCCCUGGGGAAGGCAAGGAAUCUCUCCAAGGUGUGGCUCGCGGGCAAUCGUCUCAAUGGCUCCAUACCAUCGUCCGUGGCGGACCUCUCGUUUCUCACAACCUUCGACGUCUCCAACAACAGCCUAGUGGGACGGAUACCUGACAGCCCGCAACUCUCGUCCAUGGACGCGGCUCUCUUCGCUGGGAACCAGCUCUCUGGCUUGCCACUGACCAACACCUGUUCGAGCACUGCUACGCUGCCGCAUAGGCCUAGAAGAGACGGACAAGGUGGUAGCGAACAUGACCAAAGAGACGUGACAACACUUGUCAGCGUCGCCAUCUUCAUGGCAGCCUUUCUCUGUGCUUUCUUAUGGACCUUCUUCUUUACUUUAUACCGCUCAUCCAUGCCGCUGCAGUCCUUCCUCGCGUAAUCCAUCACCAUCGAGCGAUUGCCAUCAGAACGUACGCAGCCGAGUCUGUGUGGGAGUGAACAAGACCACGUCAGCACACAGCCACGUGAGCGAUCCAGACGCCGCCACGGAUCGUCACGAUAAACCCAUACAUUUAACCAUGUAUCAACCGUCAUAAUAAUAACACAACACCGUUUCAUAA